UGUUGGUAAAUCUGUUUCAUGGCCACUCAAAAUUUAAAAGUUUUGCCUACAGAGAAUAUUAUAUAUAAGCCAUAAUUCUUUCCUUGCAAGCCUCGCUUUCAGCUGCGAGGCAGAGAGAAGAAUUUGGUCAGGUCAGCUUGAAGAUGCCUGUCUAGUCAAUAAAUCAUUUCAAUUCUCAAUUACCCCUCAUAAUAUUGAUACUUAAAAUGCCAACCGAGAAUGUCGGAUGCCUGUGAGAAUUAACGAGCAAAAAUGGAAGGAGUAGUAGUGAAAGUUCCCGGCCGAGAUCAAAAUAAGCCUAGAGACACUUUCAAGAUCGCUUACAUAAUCCAUUUCUUGCUUGGUGCCGGCACUUUGCUUCCUUGGAAUGCUUUAAUCACUGCUGUCGAUUACUUUUCCUAUCUAUAUCCAUCUAAGCACGUUGAAAAGGUUUUCUCCGUGGCUUACAUGAGUUCUUCGGUGCUAGUUCUGGUUGUUAUGUUGAGUUGGAGUGACUGGAAUCGGAGGCUGAAUUUCAGAUUGAGAAUGAACUUGGGUUUUUGCAUGUUCAUCAUUUCUCUAAUGGUAGCUCCAAUUAUAGACUGGGCUUGGUGCAGCUCCUGCUCCGGCUCCGGCGCACCACCAAAUGGAGCCUACAGCGUGACAGUUACAUCUGUCAUUGUCUGCGGUUUAGCUGACGGUUUGGUUGGAGGAACCUUGAUAGGAUCAGCUGGAAAACUUCCAAAAGAGUUUAUGCAGGCUGUGUUUGCUGGAACUGCUUCUUCAGGUGUUCUUGUAUCUAUGUUGAGGAUUUUAACAAAGGCAUCGCUUCCACAGACUCCAAAGGGUCUUCGAACGAGUGCCCACUUCUAUUUUAUUGUUGGCACCAUCAUCCUCCUAUGCUGCAUAGUUUCUUGCAAUCUGUUGUAUAAGUUACCAGUCAUGCAGCAGCUUUAUAGACUUGUUCAAGAUGAUCCCUUGUGUUCAAGGCCUAAAUUUUGGUCCGUUGCAAGAAAAAUCCUAUGGCCAGUUUUUGGAGUUUUCAUCAUUUAUCUUGUGACUCUGUCCAUUUUUCCAGGAUUUAUAGCAGAAAACCUGGAAUCCAAGUUUUUUGGAGAUUGGUAUCCUAUCCUGCUGAUCGCCAUGUAUAAUAUUGCAGAUCUGGUGGGAAAGUCUCUGACUGCAACAUAUCUUCUGAACAGUAUUGGAACGGCUACAUGGGCCAGCAUUGCCAGGCUUAUGUUCUAUCCUCUCUUCGUGGCUUGCCUGCAUGGACCCAAGUUGCUAAAAACUGAGGUACCGGUGAUAAUUCUAACGUUUAUGCUUGGAUUGACCAAUGGAUAUCUUACAAGUGUCUUCAUGAUCCUCGCUCCAAAGUCUGUGCCGGUUUCAGAAGCAGAAGUUUCUGCAAUUGUAAUGGUGGUGUUCCUGGGACUUGGUUUAGCAGCUGGUUCAGUUCUUGGCUGGUUCUGGAUUAUUUAAGCUGCAUGCCCUUAUAAUUAGUUGAUCUUUUCUUAAUGAAACUGGGAAAGUUGACCA